AUGAGGGAGUUUAUUAAAGAUGGGCAGUGGGAUGAAGACACAUUACGAAAUACUACAAAGGAUCUGGUGCAGCUGUUCAGAAAACUUUUGAUUGCUGGAGGUGAGGAUUCAGUCCAGUGGAUUACUCCUUUUGGUUUUAAUGCUGCUUGGGAAGCUGCUAGAUUGAGAAAUCUGGAGGUUGAGUGGGUUGGUUUAUGUUGGAAUAGAGGGAGGCCUAGAUGGUCAAUGCAUUCAGUGUUGGUUAUACACAAAGCAAUUCUGUCUCUGGAUUUUCUACAGAAAAGAGGUGUUGCUCUUGCAAAUAGAUGUUAUUUGUGCUAUACAGAUGGAGAAACAUUGGAUCAUAUGUUUUGUGAUUGUGAUAACACAUGGCAAGUGUGGAGUUUUCUUUUUGAGGUUUGUGGCUGGACUUUGCAAAGGGUCCAUGGAAUUACAGAUUUGAUUGAACAAUUUACUCAGCAUUUUCAAAGGCAAACUACAAAGAAGAUGGCUAGAAUGAUUUUUACUACUUCUCUUUAUUUCCUAUGGUGGAAGAGAAACAAUAGAUUGCAUGAUAAAUGUGUUAGAGAGGCUAAGGAAUUAGCUAAAUGUAUUUUUUGA